AUGGCCUGGCCGGUGCACCACGCAUCGAAACAGAUGAGGCUGACCAAACCUGCUGCUGGAGCCACAGCAGCCGCACGGCUGGCGUCAGUGCAUGACCAGCGCGAGAAACGGAAGACCACAGUCGAACAAUUGCUUCAAGAGCCUCAAUCCAGUCCUGCAUUUGCGCAUUCGGACACCGCUGCUGUUGAGACCAUCAAGGAGACGUUGGCCAUCGCACAAUGUAGUCCAUCUGUCACGAAUGCCAAGCUGCGUCAGGUCACACUCGUUCAUGACACAGCACUCGCAGCACUCAAGGAAGCCCUCGCAAACUUCUCGGACCAGGCCCAGGAGAGCGCAGCCUUACCGACAGGUUUCCUGGACGCCACGGUGAUCGCUGUCGUGGCCAGAGAUACGAUCUCCAAGGAAGGCGACAUCUUAUCGAUGGGCAUGCAGAUUCAGAGCUGGGUGCUGCUGUUGGAGGAGAGGGGCUUAUUGGCCAAUGUCAGUGGGCUGACUUUUGAGCAGCAGCAGGUUGUUGAGGAAGCUCUGGGGAUUGGGAACCGUCUCAAGGUGUUGUGCACCCUUCAGAUCGGGUACGAAGGUGGCAAGAACGGUAAACAACAAGUCAACGGGUUGGAGUUGAAUCGCAGAGAACGUGCUGGUUCAGUUAGGGUCGUGUCUGAAUUGACGUCGGCCAAUUCUUGA